AUGGUACUGACAGAUGGUGACGUGCUCAGAGGCGAGCCCUUCGAAGACCCCGCGUACCUCCCCUCUCGAAAUGCCUCCGCCUACAGACCUCUCCAUACAUUCGAGCUUCCGAAAGGUGUUGAAAAGCACUACCAACAGCAAUAUGCGGACAUGUACUUCCUGCGGUUAGCCCAAUUGAAGAAAUUCGUCAGACAAAAUGCGAAGGACGCUUGGGAGGAUUUCGAGCUAGGAGAGGAGAAAGCAAAAUAUGUCGAACGAGUGCUGGAUGUGCGGCAAGGAGAACUUUGCUGGGUCGUGGGCACUGUCUACAUGGAGAUGAACCUGAAGCCCAACGUUCUGGAUGACAUUUCCAAAGAGCACUGGAUAGCCGCCCCUCCGCCCCGCGAAACCUACGUGAGCACCUCCGGCCGGGACGACAUGAUGCUCGAAGACGAAUCCGGCCGUCUCCGCGUGACAGGCGACUCCCUAAACACACACUAUGUAACAGGCUGCGUACUCGCAGCGCUCGGGACCGAACAAGCAGACGGCUCUUUCCAAGUGAUCGCAACGCAAUACGCUGACUUGCCACGCCAACCGCAGCGUUGGGAGCGCGAAGACUCCGAGCUCACGGUGGCGAAGAAGCCGAAACCCAAGCGAGAAAAGGCAGGAAAAGUAGCUAUAGUCUCAGGUUUAGAGAUGACAGGCAAAGAAGACGACGACCUCACGCUCGACCUCCUCCUCGAAUACCUCACGGGCGAAGCAACCGGCCCGCCAGAUCAAUCCUCCGUUGCCAAAAUAACCCGCCUCAUCAUCGCCGGAAACUCCCUCUCGCACGCCUCCCCCAUCCUUUCAAGGGAAGACUUCACUGCCAAAAAGGGCGGAUUAAAGAAACACUAUGGCUACGACUCUACCUCCUACAAUGCUUCUCCCGCCGAAAAACUCGACUCCUUCCUCUCAGAACUCCUCCCAACCGUACCCGUUACUAUAUUACCAGGCACCUCCGACCCCGCCAACGUUGCCCUCCCACAACAGCCCCUCCACCCCGCUCUCUUCCCCCUCAGCCGCCCAUACGCCAACCCCCCCGCGCAAUCUAACGAAACGCUGUCGGGUCUCGACUCCGUCACAAACCCCUGGGAAGGCGACAUUGAAGGCUGGCGCGUCCUCGGCACCAGCGGCCAAACCGUCGACGACCUGCUGAAGUACGUAGAUGGCGUCGAACCGCUCGAAGUCAUGGAGAUGAUGCUACGAUGGCGGUGUAUUGCGCCGACGGCACCUGACACGUUGUGGUGUUAUCCGUUCCAGGACGACGACCCCUUGGUGGUGCAGGACUGCCCGCAUGUGUAUUUCGCGGGGAGUAUGAGGAAGUUUGAGAAGAGAGUUAUAGACGGGCCGGCGGGGCAGAGAGUGUUGCUUGUUUGUGUGCCAAGAUUUAGGGAGAGUAGGCAGGUUGUGCUGGUGGAUAUGGAGAGUAUGGAUGUGGAGUUGGUAGAGGUGGGUGUUGUGCAGCCGGGUUCGUAG